AGGAGAAGUAGAAUCCACGACAGCAGCACGAGGUUUCGCGCCAAGCGCAUCAACCGCACACGUACAUACUCGCAUACACACUCGCAGCAGCAACCACGAGAGCAGAAGCAUGUGGGCGGCGUGGACGUCAUCUUCGAUGACCACACCCACCAGCUCAGCUGGUGCUGCUGAGUCCACACCGUCCGUCGCCGCUGCCUUGGCGUCUUCGCCAUCCCCCGUCGCAUCUCAAAUCCCGCAGUGGCGGCUGCUCACUGCCGUCUCGCAGCGGGUAGCACAGAAGUGGCCUCGCACUUUGCCUCAGCUCACACGUCUCACCGUUGCCGUCGCUGCCGUGGCCGCUCUUGUUGGGACGGUGGUGUUUGCUCGUGGUGCUCAUCAGCGCUGUCGCCGUCGCCGUCUCCCGACAUCCACUGGCGAGGAUGAGGAAGACGUACCACACGCCUCCUCUCACACCGGCGCUGGUGCGAGCGCAGACACGUCGAAGCAACAGGACGACUCUGAUGCUGAUGCUAUUCAAUUUGCAGACCCGGCCGAGAGCGCCUUCAACGCGUACGUGCAGCGCCUUCGGCGGCAAAAGGAGCCGGUGCUGCUGAGCGCCAUUGCGCAGCUCGAGUCCGCCGCCGCUGAAUUGAAAGCCGCGCAACACGCUGCGGAGCACCCCAACGCGGAAGGAGAUCAAAACGAAAUGGAGAGGGAAGGCGGCGACGGCGACGAUGGCGUUGCGCAGGUUGCGGCGAAGGUGCAUCGUGCUGCGGUGGUGGCCGAUGAGUUGCUGACGCAGUGGAUCUGCAGUCUCGACGGUGUGCCGGUGCGGCAGAGUAAGCACUUAAAACAGCGUCGUAAAGAGCUGGUGCAGCGCGCUGCUCUUCUCAGUCAGCGCAUUGCGCCUUACCUGCACCCUGCCGCUUCAGCGACGCUACGAGAGGUGACGUGA